UGGAGAAGAAAAAUCCUGAAGAUGGCAGGCAAAGGAAGUAACACAGACUGCAUGUCAUGCAGCGUACUGAACUGGGAGCAGGUCAGCCGUCUGCAUGAGGUUCUUACAGAGGUGGUUCCGAUCCAUGGACGAGGUAACUUCCCAACGCUGAAGAUAACUCUGAAGGACAUUGUUCAGACUGUUCGGAGUAGGCUGAGUGAAGCAGGCAUUGUGGUACACGAUGUCCGUCUGAAUGGCUCUGCAGCUGGUCAUGUUCUUGUCAAGGAUAAUGGGCUGGGAUGCAAAGACCUGGAUCUCAUUUUUCAAGUUUCUCUUCCAAGUGAGGCAGAGUUUCAGUUAGUUCGAGAUGUGGUGUUGCGAUCCCUCUUGAAUUUCUUGCCAGAAGGAGUAAGCAAGCUAAAAAUCAGUCCAGUAACACUGAAGGAAGCCUACAUCCAGAAGCUAGUCAAAGUGUACACAGAGUCUGACCGUUGGAGCUUGAUAUCGCUUUCCAACAAACAUGGCAGGAAUGUGGAGCUGAAGUUUGUAGACUGUAUACGACGACAGUUUGAGUUCAGUGUGGACUCAUUCCAAAUCAUACUGGACUCCCUGCUCUUUUACUACGACUACUCGGAAACCCCCAUGUCAGAGCACUUCCAUCCAACUGUGAUCGGGGAGAGCAUGUAUGGAGACUUUGAAGCAGCUUUUGAUCACCUGCAGAACAAGCUGAUAGCUACCAAAAAUCCUGAAGAGAUCCGAGGUGGUGGGCUGCUGAAGUACAGUAACCUCUUAGUACGAGACUUCAGGCCCAUGGAUAAGGAUGAGAUCAAAACAUUGGAGCGCUACAUGUGUUCCCGAUUUUUCAUAGACUUCCCAGACAUCCUGGAUCAGCAGCGCAAACUAGAGACCUACCUCCAGAACCACUUCUCCAAAGAAGAGAGGAGCAAAUAUGACUACCUCAUGAUUCUGCGCAGGGUGGUGAAUGAGAGCACAGUCUGUCUCAUGGGACAUGAGCGAAGGCAGACUCUCAACUUGAUUUCUCUGCUAGCACUCAGAGUGCUGGCAGAACAAAACAUCAUCCCUAAUGCCACUAACGUUACCUGUUACUACCAGCCAGCACCUUAUGUUAGUGAUGUAAACUUCAGCAACUACUAUCUUGCAAAUGCUCCUGUGUCAUACAGCCAGUCCUACCCCACUUGGUUGCCUUGCAAUUGAUUGCUUCACCUGAGUGGAGGCUACUGAAGGUCAAGAUGUUGAGUGUAUAUAGACAAGUAAUAACUGUCAGUUGGAGGUUUUCUAGUGGAAACAGGACUGCAUUGGACUUUCCAUUUCCUGGUGUGCAGUAGAAAUAUGCAGCCAGGUUACCUGCUAUGAACCUUUCAGUAUAUCUACAAAUGCCAAGAAGCCUUAUUACCUCUUCAUUAGGAGAAGAGGACCAGCAGCCAAAUGUUAGAGGAGUAGUUGCAAAACUCGGUACUAGUUCUGGAAAUGGCUAUUAACGUGUGAUCUAAGUGGAGUAUUUGGUAAACUGGGUUAGUUAAUGAAGGAAAGGCUGUAAAACGUCUUGAGCAGAAGCCACUCCUGGAACAGCAACAAAACUCUGCUUUCUGUUGCCUAACCUCGUUACUCUGUACUUCCUUAGUUCAAGUUCUGGCCAACUUUCUGUUGAACUAAUUGUGCAAGAGAGGGCUUGUGUCGUGCUUGGGCUGCUUCUACUUUCUGGCUGUGUAGAACUGGUAACUGUAUGGAUAUUGUCUGUCUUGUAGAGGGCCUAAAUGUUGUUUCCUGUAGUACCUAGGGAUACAUGGUCCAGCCUCAAGUUCAAGAUUAAUUUCUUGGAAGUUGAAGAUGGAUUAGUAAGUCUAUUGCUAAAGCAUAAGCUGGCUGAAUUUUUCUUGCAUGAUAAAUUUGCAAGGUGACAUCUCUAAGCAUGCACCAAAACACAGUCCAAAACUUGGUAAUGUGAAAAGUCCUUCUACUGAGGAACUGAAGCCUUAAACAGAA